AUAUAAGUAGGGGUUUAUAUCAGAGCACAGCGUCAGUUCAUAAAACACUGCGUAUCGAAAGCGUCUCACUAGUAAAAGAAAAAUCAUGAAGUUCCUCAUACUAUCCAUUUGCCUGAUGGCAACUGCUAUGAUGGUUUAUGCAGGCACUAUCGCAGACACAGCUUUACACGGCGGAACAUUAUCCUCCGAAGAUGUACAAGCAUGUUAUGAUAACUCGAAAUUAGAGGAAGCUGAUUUGAUUACUUAUGCAGAAAUAAAGGAUGGAUCUUAUAAUAAUUCAGAAAAUGCAGAAAAAGCGAGGAAAAACGGUUGCUUUACAUUAUGUAUAUUACAAAAGCGUGGCAUGGUAAAUAUUACGUAACUAAACGUGUUAAUUAUUUAAUUUUAAAAAAAUCCUUAAU